AUGACACGAUUACAAGAAUGCAAAUCAACACCGCUGACGGCGGAGAACGUACACGAGCUCGCCCUGGGCCUCGAGCUCUCCGGGGCGCGCUUCCUGUGGGCUCUACGCCUGCCGAGCGGCGUGUCGACGACGCCACCGCUGCUGCCGGACGGGUUCGAGGCGCGCACGCGCGGGCGCGGCGCCAUGUGCACGGGCUGGGUGCCGCAGAUGCGCGUCCUCGCGCACGCGGCCGUGGGCGCGUUCCUGACGCACUGCGGCUGGGGCUCCGUCGUCGAGAGCCUCCGGUUCGGCCACCCGCUGGUUAUGCUCCCGUUCAUCGUCGACCAGGGCCUCAUCGCCCGGAUCAUGGCGGAGCGGGGCGUCGGCGUGGAGGUGGCGCGGCGCGACGACGACGGGUCGUUCGGCAGGGACGACGUGGCGGAGGCCGUCAGGCGCGUGAUGGUGGAGGAGGGCGAGGAGGGGAAGAUGCUCGCGCUCAACGCGAGGAAGCUGCGCGAGGAGGUCGUCGGCGAUGAUGCUGGCCGGCAGGAGCGGUACGUCGACGAGCUCGUCAACUGCUUGCAGAGGCAUUGCUUCACCAGACUCUCCUUGCUCAUAGAACUGGUGCUAGUCAGUGACUCAAAGGUCCUCCGUGAUGCAAUUGAGAUGCGGCGCGGCAUGAUGCAGGCGAGGCCGCCGCCACUGAGAGCCGUGACGGACUACCAAUAA